GGCUCCGAGGCCACGGGCACGAUGCUCAGGGUCCUGGUGGGGGCCGUCCUCCCUGCCAUGCUGCUGGCUGCCCCCCCGCCCAUUAACAAGCUGGCGCUGUUCCCGGACAAGAGCGCCUGGUGCGAGGCCAAGAACAUCACCCAGAUUGUGGGCCACAGCGGCUGCGAGGCCAAGUCUAUCCAGAACAGGGCCUGCCUGGGACAGUGCUUCAGCUACAGCGUCCCCAACACCUUCCCGCAGUCCACAGAGUCCCUGGUGCACUGCGACUCCUGCAUGCCUGCCCAGUCCAUGUGGGAGAUUGUGACCUUGGAGUGUCCUGGCCACGAGGAGGUGCCCCGGGUGGACAAGCUGGUGGAGAAGAUCUUGCAUUGCAGCUGCCAGGCCUGUGGCAAGGAGCCCAGUCCCGAGGGGCUGAGCGUCUACGUGCAGGGCGAGGACGGGCCCGGCGCCCAGCCCGGUGGGCAGACCCCCGAGCCCGAGGAGCCCCCAGGCGCCCCCCACACCGAGGAGGAGGGGGCGGAGGACUGAGGCCCCCGACUCUCCCCCCUCCCCCCCCGGGACCCCCUGUGGAAUGCUGGGUCUCACCCCCACCGCCCGGGGAAGAGUGAGGGGAGAGGCUGAAGCCCCCCUUUGGCACUGGAUGGACUUGGAUUCGGACUUGGACUUGGACUGCUGCCCGGUUGCCGUGGAGAUCUGCAGGGGAGGGGCGGAGCCAGGCUGCACAAUUUAAUAUAUUCACGGGUGGGGGGAGGAAGCAAGGUCCUGUGGGGUCUUUCUUUGGGGGGGUCCUCUUGCUUUCUGCCUUCUAGAGGUGUGCUCCUGGGAGGGGGAGGGGGGGUCCCCAAGAUGGAGCACAGGCUAAGGCCCAAGCUCUCGGUGGGGCAGGGUCCUGGGGGUGCAGAUGGUGUAACGGGGGUGGGGUAGGGGCCCCUGAACGAGGGUGGGCACUGUGCCCGCAUCUACCCUGACUUUGGAAGCUCCAGCCCCGCCCCCGGGUUCCCUGAGCCCUGUGGCUCCCUCCCCCAUCAUUGAGACGCGCACCCCACCCUCUUCACCUUGGAGAUCUGGCCCCGCCCACUGCCCUCCAAGUCCGAAGGCCUUAGGAAGCCCCAUCCUCUCCCGGAGGCAGGUGGGGGGCAGAGGGUGGCCUGCCUCCGGUGGGGGAAGGGCGGCCCUGGCUGAGCCUGAGGCACUGCAGUGUGGGUGCUGGGGCUGACAUCUCUGUAACCCCCAUCCCGCCACCCCUGGCUCCCAGCUGCACUUUAACCUCCGGAGUGGGAUGGGACCCGGGGCCAGGAAGAAAGUGCCUUUGUCCCAGCACUGCGUGCGCCCAGGGCGCUGCUGGUCGCCGCCCCCGCCCCGUGCUGGACCUUGUAGCCAGUAGAUAGACGCCACCCGACAGCCCUGCGCCUCCUUGGCAAUAAACCCCUUCCACACCUGC